CCAUUCCAACAAGAAUCUCAGGAUUGGCUCUGACUGGAGCAUGUAUCCAUCCCUGAACCAAUCACAGAACCAGGGGAAUGUGGUGCUGUGAUUGGCCAGGCUGGGGCCUGAUGCUCACCCCAACAGGCAGGGUAUUGACAGCAUCCAAAGCACACUGACCCCCCAGUGUUGGAAAUAAAGCUCAGUGUAGCAAAGUGAAACCAGCACUCAGGCAAAAAAAAUUUUCUCAGCAAGGCAAUUUACUUCUGCAGAAGGGUGCUGCCUUUGUCAGUUACAAUCACAGGCGCACACCGAACAAAGGAGAGCAGGGGUUUUUAUCCCUAACGCAGACCCUGUUCCUGUGUCCUCCCCGUGUUGGCUGGGGUUGGACCGCACAAUCUAAACUAAUUCCGAUAGGCUACUGUUGACAUCAUCAAAGGAGGCAAGGGUGGGCACUUGAAGGGAAAGACGAGUACAUAGGUGAUGGGACAUGCUUGGGUGUGUUUGGGUGCAACAAAGAUGGGGAAGGCUGAUAGAUGGAUGGGUAAGAUUACUUUCAGAAUAGAACAAAGAACCAGGUACUGAAACCUUUGAAGAGAAACUGCCUAACACCAGCUACUCUGGCCUUGCUGUUUCUCAAACUUUGUCUAACUUUCUCCUACUUCAGGGUAUUUUCACUAACUGUCCUCUCUGCCUGGAAUGCUUUUCCCAAAGUUCUUUGCAUGGCUUCUUCUCAUCUUUCUGACCUAUGCCCAAAUGCUACCUCCUUAACAUUUAAGACUCACCCUCCAGCAUCUGGUUUCUUUCUUUCCCCUACCUGGCCUUCCCCAUCUUCAUGGCAUAAUAUUAGAAAUUAUAGUAUGUUUGGGACUGCUUAGUUAUUGUUGAUCUCCCACCUGCCUGUGAGCUCCAAGGGGGCAGGACCAUUGUCUUGUUCACACAUGGUACAGUAUGAGUACCAUGUGUGAACUCAUACUGUACCAUGUGUGAACAGUAUUGAGACCCUUCACUGGGUCUCAAUAAAUAUUUGUUGACUACUGGAAUACAACACCUUGAAUAAACAAACCAGUUACACAGGACUUCUUGUACUAAGUUCCUUGGUUGCUUAGAAAUCUCUGGGUGGCUUGGUUGUACAGGCUGUGAAAAGCAGAGUCCUAGUGUCACACCAUAGGAGCAGUCCAGGCUUGUCUUCUGAAAGCCCUGCUGGGCUUCUUUCUGCAUCCCUGGUGAGGCAACAAAGGGGCAGGGUCCUCGUCGCUUCUGAAGGUGCAGUGUGGUGGAGUAACCUCCAGGACACCCUCAGGACAUGGGCAGUAAUGGGGAGAACCCAGAUAAAAUCCUGGUCACUUUGCCAGUGAGUCUGUGAGGCCACUGCCUCUUUUUUCUGGCUGACAGGAGAGGGCUUCCUGGUCUUACGUGCAGAGUAUUCUAGGGCCUCUCAGCCACUGCCUGAUGGGAUCUGCAUAGGGGAUUAUUGAUGAAGGCAAGGUGAGGCAGCUCUUUACAGUAACACACGCCUUGCUCUGGGACGGCGGCCAGGCAGCUAAUUAGAGAGCCCAGCAGCUGUCCAGCCUUUCAGGCAGCGAGCAGCAGCUACUGAGUGCCGGAGGUGGGAAUGGGAGGAAAGGGACAUGGGACCAGAGACCACCCUCCAAGGUGGUGGAGUUGGGUGGUCAGGGUUUGCUCAGAGGGGGAUUUUGAGAGGGGCAUGUGAGAUAGAGUGGGCUACAUAGGGAGAAGGAAGGGGGAGAGGAGAGGGACAAGACAGGUGGUCUCCAAGUGAGACAGAAGAGAUGUCAGGCAGACAAUGCAGCUUCCAAGCUCAGAGCAAGGGGCACAGAGGGGAAGGACAGGGCCUGGUGGGGUUGGGGCCUGGCUCCCAUCUCCCAUUUUGUUAUUCAUAAUAAGCACCUUUGAUAACACCCGAGUUUGUGCUAAUGAAGUUACUGGGGAAGUGGUGGGGUGGUGGAGGGGCUAUACAGCCUCAGGAUGGAGCCAGUCACCAGAAAGACCAAAUGCUUAGAGGAUUGAGGAUUAGAACAUUUGACCCCACCAUCCAACCUCCAAGAAAGGUGUGGGAGGGUGGAGAUCAAGCUACAUAAAAACUCCUGAGCAAGAUUUGAUAGGUUUCUGGGUGGCUGAACAUGUGGCGGUGCUGGUGGGUGACCGCCAAUACGUCACCCUAUCCAUCUCUGCAUCUGGCUGUUCUUCUGCACCCUUUAUAAUAAAUCAGUAAAGAUGUCCUACAUUGUCUGCCUUCCAUGAGGUUCUGACCGCCCUUGAGAACAGAUGUACCCACUACAGGGUGAAGGGACACAUGGAAGCUGCCAGCCCCCCAGCCAAGGAUCACCUGAGUCCUAGGGCUGAUGCUUGCCUACGUUGCUGAGAAUGGCACUGAGGCCCAGCCAACAAAGGUUAUCCUGGGACACUCCUGGACAAAGAUCCUGAUGUCUGUUGUGAGCUGCACACUCAAGGGUGUGAUAACUGCCAGCCCCAGUCGGCGCCAUGGCCUCUGCGGAGCCCCUGACGGCGCUGUCCCGCUGGUACCUGUACGCCAUCCACGGCUACUUCUGCGAGGUGAUGUUCACGGCGGCCUGGGAGUUCGUGGUGAACUUGAACUGGAAGUUCCCAGGGGUCACGAGCGUGUGGGCCCUCUUCAUCUACGGCACCUCCAUCCUCAUCGUGGAGCGCAUGUACCUGCGGCUGCGCGGCCGCUGCCCGCUGCUCCUGCGCUGCCUCAUCUACACGCUCUGGACCUACCUGUGGGAGUUCACCACCGGCUUCAUCCUGCGCCAGUUCAACGCCUGCCCCUGGGACUACUCCCAGUUCGACUUUGACUUCAUGGGCCUCAUCACCCUGGAGUACGCCGUGCCCUGGUUCUGCGGGGCCCUCAUCAUGGAGCAGUUCAUCAUCCGCAACACCCUCCGCCUCCGCUUCGACAAGGACGCUGAGCCCGGGGAGCCCAGCGGCGCCCUGGCCCUGGCCAAUGGCCAUGUCAAGACUGACUGAGUAGGAAGCGGGUGGGGGGCCUGGGGAUCUCUCAUGCAACUCAAGGACGAAGAGACCAAGCUGGUGAGGUUGCCCCAUCCAUGCAGCAAAAGCCCUGCCCCGGCAAAUCUCAGCCCUGUGGGGCACACAGAGCCUCCUAACCUCCGCGUGGGCCAGUGUUGGGGGGCCGUGGUCAGGUGUUGGGGGAUGGGGUGUGGAGGCAGCAGAGGGACAUUGGGAAGGGUCCAUGGGUCCUGGCCCAGCUCAGAGGUUGGUGCCAGAAGGCCUGUGGCUGAGCAGCGAUAGACUAUGUAGUUGACUUUGGAAGCAGCAGGCCCUGUCCUGGCUAAGGGACAAUGAGAAUGGGGCCACAGGUGGGAGGCAAGGCCUGACCUCCCUCCCUCUGAUCUGGAUUUAGUUAAGCUUUGGCUGGUUCCAUUAGGCAAUAUUCAGGUGCUUGCUUGCAACCAAUACCUCCCCAGGGGCCUGCUGAGCUGCAGCCGAGGAGAGACUGGGCAGCCAGGAGGCUGCGUGGCAGCAACGCUGGUCUGCAAGGGCUGGGAGACCCUCCCUUGGCUCCUCUCCCCUCCCCCAGGGCCCUGCGCUGCUCCCUUGGCCUUCUGGGGCCCCCGUGGUGCUGGAUUCCCACCAACCUUGGGCUUUUGGAGGUUUCAAUCCCCGUGUGUUCGGUGGCGUUUCCCCCUUUUCUGUCUUGUUUUCAAGGCCUUUACCACUAGCAGCUCUUUAUCCAUGUCGGUCACCACACCUGCCCCACCCCAGCUCCCUAGCCAGCACAGGAGCUGCGGGAGAUGGAGCCCUGAGACACCCCCAACCCCCACCCCCUUACAGCCCUUCCCUCCACUGUUCCCGCUGGCCUGAUGCCUGAGGAGUUCCUGAGUUACACCUCCCUACCCCCGGUCUAGUGGGCUGUGGCAGUGCUCCCUUCUCAGUGGCUUAGCUGAGAACAAAUGAUGCCCUCCAAUGCACAGGCAGGCUGGGAUAGGCGCUGUGGAUCCCCAAUGGUGACCUAGAGGUGAGUCAGUUUGGUGGGGAAAAGGCAGAGUUCUAGGUUGUCUAUUCCCUGCCUGGUUUAUUUUCAAGCCAAAACUGAGCAGUUUAGCUUUCUAUGGGAUGGAGAAGCCAGGUAUCCAGCCUUGGAGACCGAUGGAGAAUGAGAGGAAGAAAGAGAGGAGGACCUUGCAGCUGUAGAAGGCUCCUUGGAGCCUCCUUUGUGGGAGGGUAUCAGUUCUGGUUCUGCCAUAGCCCCAGCCCUGUAGCAGAACCUCAGGGCUGCCCCUCUCCCCAAACUCCUCCCAGCAAGGCUGACCCUUUGAGCUUACUCCUUAAACAGUAUUAACCCUGCCACACUCAUGGGCAUUGGCACCUUGAUUCCCCUGCCCCACUUUGCCCUGUGACAGGUCCAUUGCUGGCAGUGGACAGGUGAAAUACCUACUCCAGCCUCCUGGCUCUCUCACUCCUCAAGGGAAAGGGUCUGUUAGAAAGUGCCCCAUCCCAUGGUACAUGGUCUCUUCUUGAGCACAGUAGGACUCUUAGGUAGAAAUUAGCCUUCCCCUUUUUAUGGAUCAUUACAAAGUGACGGUAUCACCUGUGGAGAGAAUGUCCUCUUCCCUGCUGGCUGCUCUGCCUGUACUGUGCCGAUAGCACAACCCAGGGUGCAGGGUGUGGUGGGGUGGGCCACAGUUGUGUUCUAGUUCUGAAGAAAAGCUUGCAGACUCUGCCUUUGGCAGGAUUUUCUGCAGUUAGCCCUGUCCAGAGCAGAACGAAGGGUAUUUCCUAGCCUAUUUAUUGGGCAGGCUCCUCAAAUCCAGGGAUGAACUACUUUCUGCAGGGGCCAGCCCUCCUUUUGAUUUUAUUGUGGCCCCAACUCCAGGGCUUUGGGGGUUACAGAGAAUCAGGCUUCUGGUGGGAGUAGAUUGUUUUCCAUCUAUAGAUGGAGAAAAUUCCAGGAGGAGAAUAUUGUCUGGCUUCUCCGUUCUCUCCGAGCAAUUGUUUCCUUGGUUCUCUCCCCAACUCCAUGUUGUCUUAGUCUCCUAGCACCCCUUCAGGCCUUCCAUGUGGGCCCCUAGACCACACUACCCACCUUCACACUCGCAUUCUACAACUGAGUCCAGUGGCCAGCUUGUUGAUGCCUCCAUAAUUCUCAGCCAGAGCAAGUCCUUGGUUGGCCCACCAGGUCUUGCUGCUCCAGACGUUGCCUUGUGGGCAUUCCCUGGCACCAUUUACUCUCUGGGUCCUAUAAAUUCCCAAGUGCAGGAGGUCCUGGGGGUAUGCCUCUGUGCCUGGCAACAUCCAGCAUUGUGUUUCUGCUCCAUCUAGGUGUCCCAUUUCUCCAAUUGCCCUUCAUAAGGCAUCAAACCUCCAACAAAGGAAGGCAACAACCCAUGGCGUGACCACGGGAUCUACAGGUUCAGAUCUCACUAGGAAUAGCCCAGACUUCAACUCUUGCUUUUUGGGUAUCAGGUCCCCAAUCCCUUAGUGCCCAGGGACUCAAAGUUUGGAAUAAACCCAGCCCUACCAAGCAUUAAGGGUACUGGUGAGGGCCGGGUGCGAUGGCUCAAGCCUGUAAUCCCAGCACUUUGGGAGGCCGAGACGGGCGGAUCACGAGGUCAGGAAA